AAAACAUAUAUAAAACGAAACCAAUAUGGUUAUGAACAGGUUAUGAAUAUAUGGAGUGAUCAGAUUUUCGUCUAAAAAACGUAAUGAAGAUAUGCCUGGGCACUUCAGCCAACACUUUAUUUUAUGUGAUCUUUAUCAUAUACCGUAGUGUUGGAGAUACCUCUAAUGAUCCCUGUCCUGAUGCAACAAAUAUAACACCAGUGACGUCAUGUCCUACGAAUGUUGAGGAAUGGAAUACAGCAAAAGAAAAGAAAAAUUGCACACACGUUCAACAUAACUGCCUAGAUGACAAUAAAUCUCCCGUCUACCACUGUGUACUAUCAAAAGGCACAUAUGAAUUCGUUGAUUUAUGUGCACCUGUCUGGCAAAGCUCAGGAUUUUGUGUCGUCUUCAACCCUUUAAUGGGUAGAAUCGAAGAUGAUUAUACAAAGAAUUGCAAGGAAUACAUGUUAUCACCCUGCCCUGAUGUAUAUAAAUCAGUCGACGUAUACAAAUACCCAGGUUGCAGAAACUCACCUUCAGGCGGAAACCAACAGUCAGAUGGGGAAAUAACACUACCAUCUACCACUUACGUAAACACUCAUGCUGGAGGGGAAGACGGUAACCAAUUAGACUUUUUGGAGAAGAUUUUAGUUGUAUGUACAGGAAUUCUAAGCAUGAUACUGGUUGCACUGGUAGUCUCUAUCUACAGACAUGAAACACGAGCUCAUGGAAAUGGACGGGAUGCCUACGAACUACGUGAAGUACCGGACCAUAUCGAAGAGCAUCAGGUGUAAACAUAUCUGGAUGUUCUAUUACAUGCACAACUAGUCGAAGUGGUAUUCAGUAUGGAGUCAUGGUGAAAUGGUGUGAAGCGAAAUUCUCACUUUUAUGUUGGAUGUAAAAUUGUGUUACUGAC